AUGCCCUCCUCGGAUAUAUCCCACGAAUUCGACACAAUCGAAGACACAAUCACCGCCUUCAAAAAUGGUGAAUUCAUAGUCGUUCUCGACUCCGCCUCCCGCGAAAACGAAGGCGACCUAAUAAUAUCCGCCAGCGACAUGACGCCCGAAAAAAUGGCCUUCAUGGUGCGCUACACCUCCGGUAUAAUCUGCACGCCGAUACCCAGCAGCCUAACGACGCAAUUCGAUCUUCCCCAAAUGGUAGACUCGAACGAAGAUCCCAACCGCACCGCCUACACCAUCAGCAUCGACGCCAAUCACCCGUCCACCAGCACGGGCAUCAGUGCCCACGAUCGCUCGCUAACCUGUCGCACGCUCGCGGAUCCAAAAGCCGGUCCCCAGAGUCUCCGACGACCGGGCCAUGUAUUCCCGCUGAGGGCGCGAGAGGGCGGCGUCCGCGAGCGACCGGGCCACACGGAAGCCGCGGUGGAGUUUUGCAAAUUAGCUGGCAAACCACUCGUGGGAGUAAUAUGCGAGAUAGUAGACGACGGGGAGGAAGUCAGCGGCGAGGCGAUUAGAAAGGAACCCGGGAUGUUGAGACGAGAUGGAUGUUUAGCUUUUGGAAAGAAGUGGGGUUUGAGGGUCUGUACGAUUGAAGACUUGGUAGAGUAUAUGGAAAAGAAAGAAGGGAAAUGGGUGAAGAAUGGGGGAGAGCAGUGUAAUGGAAAUGGGGUUUAA